AUGCCAACGGACAGCGAAAUCUUCGGCUUCUUCCAGAAGCGUGGAUGGCUCGCAGAAUCAUUAGUGGCCAUGUUCCGGGCACCCCGCGAGCACUGUGUCUAUGUGAAAUUCAAAACAGAGGAGCUCUUGACGGCUGCAUUGCUGGAAUGUCCAUCCAGCGAGGCGUUUUUGUAUGACAGUGGUGAAACGGUUCAAACUGCCAGUCGAGGUGGACAUAAGCACGUGGUCAGCGUGUUGGAAAAAUACGGAAAGAUUCAUCAGACAGUGCGGGAGCGGUACGGUCCAGACACGGGAUACCCAAUCCUGAACGGUGUGCGUGGGGUGCACAUGGAGAUCUCGAAAGAGAUUCCUUGCCAGCUCCACGUACAGCACUUUCAGCUGAGGGUGGUUUACGACGGAGUAACGAACAAGUGCUACUCAUGUGGCAGUACCGAGCACAUCAAGGUAAAUUGCCCAAAACGGAAAUCAGCAGGAGGUCGACCUAGUACAUACGCGGAAGCGAUACAAAUCUCGGACAAAAAUCAAUUCCCAGCCAUCCAGCAAGAUCAAACAGCCGUCAAACCCGCCUCAGCCUUAGUCCCAGCGCUUGAACAAGACCCCGGUUGUGCGAAGGUUGUCGAAGAGUUCACAAUCGAGGACGGAGGUUCAUUGGAGGAGCUGCCCUUCAGCUCAAGUCCCGAAAUUCCCGAUGCACCGGUCCCCAAAGAAAUCGAUGACUCUCUGGAUUCAACAGAUCAGGGAAGUUCCGUUGGAAAAUCGGAUUCUUCGCGAGUGGUUCCGACAUCGCCGACCGGAAACUCCCAUCAUGGACAGUUGGUGAUCCCGCGGGUCAACAGCAAGCUGAUCAGCAAGAACAACUAUUGCCUGGGGCGCAUUUUGGACUCGGGCGAGCUUCCGGAUGCGCUCAAAGCGGCCCGGUCCGCCCUCAACUGAGAUCCGUUCGGCAUCUUUGACCAGUUUUACACGUUCUACUCCACGAUCGACAAUGCGGACCAGCUGUCGGGGACGACCCUGUUCCGCGCGAAGAAGGUUUCGGAUGAGCUGGUUUAAUCGGAGCUGCCGCAGGCGGACCGAUUGCCGGCGCUGACUGCGGUCAAAAUGCUGAUGUUCUUGCUCGGCGGUCUCGUGAAAGCCAUCGAAGCUCACGUCAUGGACCGUGUUGGAGGGUUGAUGAAGAAGGGUGGGCGAAAGGACAACGAUCAGGUUGAGGUGGUGGACUGGGACAACAAGUGGAACCAGUGCAUCGUGCAGCUGUGCAAUCUGUUUCAACUGCCGUUGAAGAAGCUGUGGGAUCCGCCGGUUUGCGAAGAGUCGUUUGUUGUCGUAAUCUGCGACAUCUGCUACCGUACGCUGGAACAGUCGUACGUCAAGAACUGCGUAUUUCAAAUUCUGGGUACGGCCAUCAAGUGCUACAAUCUCACAUUGUCCUUUCCGGUGCGAAUCCUGCAGAUUCUGGAGCACUGCGAAGCGUCUAUUGCGCCGAUCGCUGGCGGCGUGAUGCUGCUGUACGAAGAGUUUAGCUUCGCUUCGAUCUACCCGGUGUUGAUCAAGAUCGGGCGGCUCGGUGUGGAAGCGGCCGACAGCCAUACGGCAAUGCACAUGAGCCAGUUUACGCUGGAUCUGGGAAUGCUCGCUCCGAAGCUUAUCAUUCCACAUUUGUCCAGGCUGAGGGACGAACUGUUGAACCUGAAAUCUGAAGUGGUGCGCAACUGUGUCCUGCAUAUCACGGGCGAAACCAUCGUGACCGAGCUGACCUCGGAGGAACUGGUCGAUGAGCUGAAGGAAACGCGUGAUGACUUCCUGCAUGAUUUGUUUAACCACACGAUGGACGUUUCGGUCCAUGUUCGCCCCAAGGAGCUUCAGAUUUGGCACCACAUCAAAGGCCAGAAUGCGGUCCAUCAGGUACUGGAACGUUCCGUCGAACGGCUCGAGGAGCAGGACGCGGCGCUCAAAAAAACCGAAGGAGACUGGGAAGAUUUAACGGUGCAAAUGUACCCGGUGCUGGCGGAAGUGCUAGCGGUUGAGUCGAGCUCACGGUCGGGUGCUGUGCUGAGGAGUAUCGAUGAGGACAUUGAAAAGAUGGUCAACGUGAUCGGAUCGAUUAUCGAAGCUCACUGAUACAAAGAGCUGAUUCAGCUGGCUCUGCGCGUGCCUAAACUGCAGGACAUGCUGAUGUCCAAGUCCCAAACGGAUAUGUACGAAGCGAUUGAUAUCUUCACCUCGGAUUACCUGUUUGGGAUCAAAGGAACCGAAAGUGGAAAGCAGCAGAAUGAGCAGUUCCAGUGCCGGGCGAAUGAACUGUACGACGCGCUGACGCGGCAGGACAUGGUGACGGCGUUUACGCGGGAUCACGUCAAGCUGGACCUGUUCAAAGACAAGUUCGUGCUGUUUAGUAGCAACCUUACCGGCAAGUACGAGAAAAUUGUGCUGAACAAAAAGAUCGUUCAGAACUGGCAACUGUUGUAUCUGUUGUAA